CCCCACGGCUCUUUCCCUCCCUUUCCCAUUACAAACCAUGCCUCUGGAACAACCCCCGGCCGGAUCCAUGCCUCCGUGCCCAGAGUGAUGAGCCCCAGCAGCAGCAGCCGCCAUGCUGGGAUUCGGGACGUGCUCCAUGGGCGCCCCGGCGCGGGCGGCUGAGCUGGACGCCGCCUCGUCCCGCUGCAUCCUGGCCCUGCCCGAGGAGGAGACGUGGCGCCAGCACCGCCUGGGCCUGAUGCAGAACACCCAGUCCUGCAACCUGCUGGAGCCCCAGAGCCUGGCCCAGGCCCUGGUGUCGCGCGCCGCCUCCUUCGACGCCCUGUGCGAUUCCCGCUGCCGCGACGGCGAGGCGGCCGGCGCCGUGGAGCUGGGGCUGGCCCAGCUGGUGGCCGUGAGCCCCGAGGUGAUCAAGCGGCGGCGGGGAGGGCUCAUCGAGCAGAGGGACAUCAUCAAGGCGCACGAGGCACACAAGAUGCAGAGCACGCCCCAGGCGCGGAGGAAGGAGUGGGAGAUGGCUCGCUUUGGGGAGGCAGUGGCCGGCAGGCUGGGCUCCGGAGAUGGGGGCUCCGACCAGAACCGGAGCCGGCAAGGAGCUCCUGCCCCUGCGGGAGGGAGCCCGGGAGCCUUCAAGCAAACCAAAGCGCAGAGAGCCCGGACUAUGGCUCUGUACAACCCCAUCCCCGUCCGGCAGAACUGCUUCACCGUCAACAGAUCGCUCUUCCUCUUUGGGGAAGAGAACAUAGUCAGGAAAUACGCCAAGAAGCUCAUCGACUGGCCUCCCUUCGAGUACAUGAUCCUGGCGACCAUCAUUGCCAACUGCAUCGUGCUGGCCCUGGAGCAGCACCUCCCCGAGGAUGACAAGACGCCCAUGUCACGGAGAUUAGAGAAGACAGAGCCCUACUUCAUUGGGAUUUUCUGCUUCGAAGCUGGGAUUAAGAUCGUGGCCCUGGGGUUUGUUUUCCACAAGGGCUCGUACCUGCGCAACGGCUGGAACGUCAUGGACUUCAUCGUGGUCCUCAGCGGCAUCCUGGCCACGGCCGGCACACACUUCAACACCCACGUGGACCUGCGGACGCUGCGGGCCGUGCGCGUGCUCAGGCCGCUGAAGCUCGUCUCGGGCAUCCCCAGCUUGCAGAUUGUCCUGAAAUCCAUCAUGAAGGCCAUGGUGCCUCUCCUGCAGAUCGGCCUGCUGCUCUUUUUUGCAAUCCUCAUGUUUGCCAUCAUCGGCCUGGAGUUCUACAGCGGGAAGCUGCACCGAGCCUGCUACACAAACAAUUCAGGUGAACUAGAGGAGCUGGACCCUCCCCAUCCCUGUGGGGUGCAGGGUUGCCCCCCGGGCUACGAGUGCCGGGAGUGGAUCGGUCCCAACGACGGGAUCACGCAGUUCGACAACAUCCUCUUUGCUGUGCUGACCGUCUUCCAGUGCAUCACCAUGGAAGGGUGGACCACAGUCCUGUACAACACCAAUGAUGCCUUAGGAGCCACCUGGAACUGGCUGUACUUCAUCCCCCUCAUCAUCAUUGGAUCCUUCUUCGUCCUCAACCUUGUCCUGGGAGUGCUGUCAGGGGAGUUUGCCAAAGAGAGAGAGCGUGUGGAGAACCGCCGAGCCUUCAUGAAGCUGCGGCGGCAGCAGCAGAUCGAGAGGGAGCUCAACGGCUACCGGGCGUGGAUAGACAAAGCGGAGGAAGUCAUGCUGGCUGAAGAGAACAAAAAUUCGGGGACCUCAGCCUUAGAAGUGCUCAGGCGAGCCACCAUCAAGCGGAACCGCACGGAUGCCAUGUCGGGUGACGAGCACUGUGUCGACAUCUCCUCCGUGGGCGAGCGGAGGCUGGCACAGAGGAGACCUCUCCAUCCAACCUUGGGCAACCCCUCGAGUCACUCUGGCCUCAAAGGUGCCAGGGUGGACGGUGCCUCCUAUUUAAGGCACAAGGAGCGACUCCUGCGCAUCUCCGUCCGCCACAUGGUCAAAUCCCAGGUCUUCUACUGGAUCGUCCUGAGCCUCGUGGCUCUCAACACUGCCUGCGUGGCCAUCGUCCAUCACAACCAGCCAGCCUGGCUCACCCACUUCCUCUACUAUGCAGAGUUCCUGUUUCUUGGGCUCUUCCUUCUGGAGAUGUCCUUAAAGAUGUACGGGAUGGGGCCACGCCUUUACUUCCACUCUUCCUUCAACUGCUUCGACUGUGGGGUCACAGUGGGAAGCAUCUUCGAAGUGGUUUGGGCUAUAUUCAGACCAGGAACCUCUUUUGGGAUCAGUGUGCUACGAGCUCUUCGUCUCCUGCGGAUAUUUAAAAUAACCAAGUACUGGGCAUCCCUGAGGAAUUUGGUGGUCUCGCUGAUGAGCUCCAUGAAAUCUAUUAUCAGUCUGCUCUUCCUCCUUUUCCUCUUCAUUGUGGUCUUUGCCCUGCUGGGAAUGCAGCUGUUUGGAGGCAGGUUUAACUUCAUGGAUGGGACUCCCUCGGCCAACUUUGACACCUUCCCUGCAGCCAUCAUGACGGUGUUUCAGAUCCUGACAGGCGAGGACUGGAACGAGGUGAUGUACAACGGCAUCCGCUCCCAGGGAGGCGUACGCUCAGGGAUGUGGUCCUCCAUCUACUUCAUCGUCCUCACCUUGUUUGGGAACUAUACUCUGCUGAAUGUCUUCUUGGCCAUUGCCGUGGACAACCUGGCCAACGCUCAGGAGCUCACCAAGGAUGAGCAGGAGGAAGAGGAGGCCUUUAACCAGAAGCACGCCCUUCAGAAAGCCAAAGAAGUCAGCCCCAUGUCUGCCCCAAACAUGCCUGCUAUCGAAAGAGACAGGCGGAGGAGACACCACAUGUCGAUGUGGGAGCCACGCAGCAGCCACCUGCGGGAGCGUCGCCGGCGGCACCACAUGUCGGUGUGGGAGCAGCGCACCAGCCAGCUGCGCCGGCACAUGCAGAUGUCCAGCCAGGAGGGCAUCAACAAGGACGAGCCGCCCCUCAUCAAUCCCCACGCCAGCAUCUUCCGCAGGAAGAGACCCGGGGAGGGUGUCACCCUGGAGAAAUGCGCCGAGGAGCAGGGCAAGGGAGAGCGCGAGGGACCCGAGCAGCCGGUCCCGGGGGCCAACCCCGGCGGUGGGGAGGACAGGACAUCGCCCCGGGCCAAGCGGGACGUGUGGCAGCAGAAGUCUUGCCAUGGGAACUGUGAGCCAGGAGAGCAGGACGGGGCAGGAGGCAGCAUCGAGGACAGGGCGAGGAUGAGGCAGAGCCAGCGGCGCAGUCGGCACCGCAGAGCCCGCGUGGAGGGCAAGGACACGGCUGGCAUCCUGGGCAGCCGCUCGGCCAGCCAGGAGAUGGGGCUGGAGGAGGCCAGCGCCGCAGAAGGGACACAGGAUGGGGACCGGCGUGGGGACGUGGCUGCGGCAGAGGCGCUGAUUCCGGGGGAGCCAGAGGCGAGCGGGGAGUCCAUCAGGACAAACGGGGUCCCUGCCGGCGACGCCGAUCUGAUUGGGAGCACCAAGAAGGGCAGCCCCCCGCACGUCGUGCCCGAGCUCUCCCAGGGGAAGACGGGCACCCUGACGGAGCAGGACUGCAGCAGCCCGGACACGAGCGAGCAGGCGCUGCUGGAGCCCAGCCGCAGCGUGAGCCGCAGCGAGCCCGACCUCUCCUCCAUCACCCCCAACACCGAGAAGGCCACCGAGAGCACGGCCAUCAUGAUCGAUGUCCACGACUCCGCUGUGGUACAGAUUAGCAACAAGACAGACGGCGAAGCCAGCCCCUUAAAGGAGGCCGAGACCAAAGAGGAUGAGGAAGAAAUGGAGAAGAAGAAGAGGAAGAAGGAAAAGAGCGAGACGGGCAAAGCCAUGGUGCCGCACAGCUCCAUGUUCAUCUUCAGCACCACCAACCCGGUGAGGAGGGCCUGCCACUACAUCGUGAACCUGCGCUACUUCGAGAUGUGCAUCCUCCUGGUGAUCGCUGCCAGCAGCAUCGCCCUCGCUGCCGAGGAUCCCGUCCUCACCAACUCCGACCGCAACAAAGUGCUGAGGUACUUCGACUACGUCUUCACUGGUGUCUUCACCUUCGAGAUGGUGAUCAAGAUGAUUGAUCAGGGCUUGAUCCUGCAGGAUGGCUCCUACUUCCGAGACCUCUGGAACAUCCUGGAUUUCAUCGUGGUGGUGGGAGCGCUGGUGGCUUUUGCCUUGGCGAAUGCUUUGGGGACCAACAAGGGCCGGGAUAUCAAGACCAUCAAGUCUCUCCGUGUGCUGCGGGUCUUGAGGCCCCUGAAAACCAUCAAGAGACUGCCCAAGCUGAAGGCGGUUUUUGACUGUGUCGUGACGUCUCUCAAGAACGUCUUCAACAUCCUCAUUGUCUACAAGCUCUUCAUGUUCAUCUUCGCCGUCAUCGCCGUGCAGCUCUUCAAGGGGAAGUUCUUCUACUGCACUGACAGCUCCAAGGACACGCAGAAGGACUGCAUAGGGAACUACGUGGACCAUGAGAAGAACAAGAUGGAGGUGAAGUGCCGGGAGUGGAAGCGGCACGAGUUUCACUAUGACAAUAUCAUCUGGGCUCUGCUCACCCUGUUCACGGUGUCCACCGGCGAGGGGUGGCCCCAGGUGCUGCAGCACUCGGUGGAUGUGACGGAGGAGGACCGCGGGCCCAGCCGCAGCAACCGCAUGGAGAUGUCCAUUUUUUAUGUUGUCUACUUCGUGGUCUUCCCUUUCUUCUUCGUCAACAUUUUCGUGGCUCUCAUCAUCAUCACCUUCCAAGAGCAAGGAGACAAAAUGAUGGAGGAGUGCAGCCUGGAGAAGAAUGAGAGGGCCUGCAUUGACUUUGCCAUCAGCGCCAAGCCCCUGACGCGGUACAUGCCCCAGAACAGACACACCUUCCAGUACCGCGUGUGGCACUUCGUGGUGUCCCCGUCCUUUGAGUACACCAUCAUGGCCAUGAUAGCCCUCAACACCGUGGUGCUCAUGAUGAAGUACUAUUCUGCUCCAUACACCUAUGAGCUGGCCCUGAAGUACCUGAACAUUGCCUUCACCAUGGUGUUCUCCUUGGAGUGCGUCCUCAAGAUCAUUGCCUUCGGCUUCCUGAAUUAUUUCCGGGACACCUGGAACAUCUUUGACUUCAUCACGGUCAUCGGCAGCAUUACGGAGAUCAUCCUGACGGACACCAAGCUGGUGAACACCAGCAGCUUCAACAUGAGCUUCCUGAAGCUUUUCCGGGCUGCUCGGCUCAUCAAGCUGCUCCGCCAGGGUUACACCAUCCGCAUCCUGCUCUGGACGUUUGUGCAGUCCUUCAAGGCACUCCCCUACGUCUGCCUGCUGAUUGCCAUGCUCUUCUUCAUCUACGCCAUCAUUGGGAUGCAGGUUUUUGGCAAUAUCAAACUAGAUGAGGAAAGCCACAUUAACCGGCACAACAACUUCCGCAGCUUCCUGGGCUCCCUCAUGCUCCUCUUCAGGAGUGCCACUGGAGAGGCGUGGCAGGAGAUCAUGCUGUCCUGCCUGGAGGGCAAAGGCUGCGAGCCGGACACCACGGCGACGUCCGGGCAGAACGAGAACGAGCGCUGCGGCACCGACCUAGCCUAUGUUUACUUCGUGUCCUUCAUCUUCUUCUGCUCCUUCCUGAUGCUCAACCUGUUUGUGGCAGUCAUCAUGGACAACUUUGAGUACCUGACACGGGAUUCCUCCAUCCUGGGCCCUCACCAUCUGGAUGAGUUUGUCCGGAUCUGGGCAGAGUAUGACCGAGCAGCGUGUGGCCGAAUCCAUUACACUGAGAUGUAUGAAAUGCUGACUCUUAUGUCACCACCGCUAGGCCUCGGCAAGAGAUGUCCUUCCAAAGUGGCCUAUAAGAGACUGGUGCUGAUGAACAUGCCCGUGGCCGAGGACAUGACAGUCCACUUCACCUCCACCCUCAUGGCCCUGAUCCGCACGGCCUUGGACAUCAAAAUUGCCAAAGGUGGUGCAGAUUGGCAGCAGUUGGACUCUGAGCUUCAAAAGGAGAUCCUGACCAUUUGGCCUCACCUCUCCCAGAAGAUGCUUGACCUCUUGGUACCCAUGCCAAAAACCUCUGACCUGACUGUUGGGAAAAUAUAUGCAGCCAUGAUGAUCAUGGAUUACUACAAGCAGAGCAAGGCCAAGAAGCAGCGGCAGCAGCUGGAGGAGCAGAAAAAUGCCCCCAUGUUCCAGCGCAUGGAGCCGUCCUCUCUGCCACAGGAAAUCAUCUCCAAUGCCAAGGCUCUGCCAUACCUCCAGCAGGACACCCUCUCGGGCCUGAGCAGCCGAGGCGGGUUCCCCUCGCUGAGCCCGCUCUCGCCACAGGAGAUCUUCCAGCUGGCGUGCAUGGAUCCAGCCCAGGAGCAGUUCCAGGAGCACCAGUCUCUGGAGCCAGAGGUUAGGGAGUUUCAAAGAGUGCAGCCCUCUAACCGUGGCAGCUACCUUCCCGUGGACACUCAGGACCACGCUGUCUCUGGGAGGGCCUCCUCCAUGCCUCGUCUCACUGUGGAUCCCCAGGUGGUGACAGACACCAGCUCCAUGCGGAGAUCGUUCUCCACCAUCCGGGACAAGCGGCCCAACAGCUCCUGGCUGGAUGAGUUCUCCAUGGAGCGCAGCAGCGACAACACCUACAAGUCCCGCCGGCGCAGCUACCACUCCUCGCUCCAGCUGUCCGCCCGGCGCCUCAACGCUGACUCGGGCCACCGGUCCGAGGGGCACCGCUCGGGCAGGGAGCGGGGCCGAUCCAAAGAGCGCAAGCACCUGCUGUCCCCUGACAUCUCCCGCUGCAACUCCGAGGAGAGGAGUCCCCAGGCGCAGGAGGAGUCGCCGGAGCGGCGGCGCGAGUCCCGGUCACCCAGCGAGGGCAGGUCACAGACACCCAGCAGGCAGGGCAUGGGCUCCCUGAGCGAAAGCUCCAUCCCCUCCAUCUCGGACACCAGCACGCCCCGGCGGGGCCGCCGCCAGCUGCCGCCGGUGCCCCCCAAGCCGCGUCCCCUCCUGUCCUACGCCUCCAUGCUGCGACACGCCGGGGACACCUCUCCUCCGGCCGACGAGAGCGAGGGCGGCUCCCCGCUGCUCUCCUCCACCCUGGAUCCCAGCACGGCCGGCCCGGCCGAGUCUUCCAGCUCCCCGGCGGGCAAGCAGAGCCGGCAGUCCACGCCGCAGCGCUACAUCUCGGAGCCCUACCUGGCGCUGCACGACGACUCGCACGCCUCAGACUGCGGUGAGGAGGAGACGCUCACCUUCGAGGCGGCCGUGGCCACCAGCCUGGGCCGCUCCAACACCAUCGGCUCGGCGCCGCCGCUGCGGCACAGCUGGCAGAUGCCCAACGGGCACUACCGGCGGCGGAGGCGAGGGGCAGCGCAGGGCGUCAUGUGCGGGGCCAGCAUCGACGUGCUCAGCGACACCGAGGAAGAUGACAAGUGCUAGAAGCUGUCCCCCGCCCCGAGCCUCCAACCCGCCACCCGACCCCACCUCGGCUGCCCCCCCCCCCAUCCCGCCCUGCCCUUCUCCAAUGCAUGCUCUUCGCCACGCCUGGGAAUGAAACUGAAAAAACCAAAACCAAACGCAGGGGGAAAAUAAAACACAGCGAAACAAAACAAAAAAAAACCCAACCAAACAAACAAAAUGAAAAAAAAACCCACCCCAAACUGACCGGAACGGAGGGGGAAGGAAAACGAGAGGAAAAAAUAACCCAACAGCAAAGAAAGGGAAAAAAAAAAAAAGUCUUUGUGCAAAAAAAAAAAAUUAAAAUCUGUCGACUUUCAUUUUUUAUUAUCACUUUUUUUUUCUGCACAGAGAAGCAUUUGAUGGGCAGCAGAGCAGCCCGGCCGGGUUGGUGUGCUGGGGGACAAGGGAGAGCCCCCCGGCCACAGCCCUGCUCCCUGCCCCGAGAGGGAUCCCCGGGAAAGCUCAUCCCGAGGGAUUUUUUUGCUCCCUAUGGCCGGAGAAUCCCAGCAAAGGAACCCCCUUUGCUCUGUCGCUUGGGCUUGUGCUGCUGUGGCUUUGAACUUCCCUCCCCGAGGGUCUCAUCCUGCCUGGAAAAGGGGCACGAUGCGACGGUGGGGGGCAGGGGAUGAGGGGUUGGGGUGCACCCAGACAGACCAGAGCAGCUCUGGCUGCCAGAGGGGGCAAAACUCCCGGUUUGUACUGGGGGUGGGGGGCUCAGUGCUGCCGAAUGUACCCUGUGUCCUGCUGACAUAUAUUUAUUUAUAUACGGAGAACUCUAGGUGUGCCUGUGUGUGUAUAUACGGGGUGUGUGUGUGUAUAUAUAUUUAUAUGCUGUAUAUAUAAAGAUAUACACAUACAUAGAUUUGUUUUAAUCACCUGACAAUGCUGGCGAGCCCCUUGGGGCUCCUGCUGCCUGCACCCUGCUUUGGUGGGGGCAGGACCGAGCAUCCCCGGGGGGCUGCUGCUGUACAGAGCAUUGGGAAUGUCACCUUGCUCCCUCUCCCAGGGGUUUCCAGCGCUGGGAAUUGCAUUUUCUCUCUUAGAAAUGGCUGUGGCGAGGGCUCCUUGGGCAGCUCGGUGCUUGCAGGAGGGGGAUGCCCAAGGGAUGAGGACAGAGCUGUCCCAGGGAGACUGCAGUGCCAAGGGGGUGAUGGCAAACCUCUCUCUCAGAGGCCUCUUUGCUUGUCUUCCCAGGAAAAGAAGAUAUCCAUGUCUGCAGGGGAGUGAAGAUGUUGUGAGUGCAUGAUGUACCUUUAAGAUCUUUCCUCUGGGCACGGGCAUCCGGGUUUGCAGCAGCCCUGCCUCAGUUUCCCCUGCAGCCAUGGCCCCUCUGGGGGCCUGGCACCCCUUUGGAGAAGGGCUGCCAUGGGGGGCUGGCUGUGCAAACCCCACGGCUCCAGUGUGGGUGUCCAAGAGCUGGGCAGACUUUGGGAAGGAGCAGGGUGGCUCAGCCCUCCUGCAAACACUGAGAAUGCAGAACAGGGCCGCCUUCCAGCGCCAGUCAUUAAUUAAUCUGCUAAUUAUGUGCUGUCAGCUCGCAAGGAUCCCCGCUGUGGGUGCAGUGCUGUGCCUGCCAGCCCGGGGAGGUGCUGCUGGUGGCCCGUGGUGACGGGUGGCUCGCCCUGGGGACUAGUGCUGUGUUUCUGCUACGAGUUGUGUCUGUUGUCAGCCCCAGCGUGGUCCUGGGGAGCUGGAGGGAGCUGUGCCUUUGGAGCCUCAGGGAAGGGCUUGUUCUGAGGGCUGGGGGAUGCUCGGUGUGUUUGGACCAGGCGUGGUGGCCCUGAGUGGAGAUGGGACGUGGGGACGGGCAGGUGAAGGCAGCACAGCCCUCUCCCUGCCCUUCCUCCUGCCUACAGCUUUGCUUUGCUGCAGGUUGUUGUGGUCUGGGCCUUUGGGGCUGUUGUCCAGCUGAGCAGCAGCUCUGCUCAGGCUUUGCUUUGGUCCUGGAUAGCUCAUGUGUUCUCCUGAUGGAAAGAUGCACAAACUGCCCUGCUCCUGCAUGUGCAGAUCACGCUCUGAUCGCUUCGUGAGCUCCCCCGAGGGAGCUCUGCUUUGUGAGAAGCAAAUCCCAGUGGCUCUGAAGGCUUCCUGCUCCAGGGCUCGUGCAUGGACCAAACCCCCUCCUUCUCAUGGCCAAAGUGCCCUCUGUGCCCCCUGACAGGGCCCAAAGCAGUCCCUGAUGGUGGGGGGCACCUCUGCCGUCCCUGCUGCUUCCCAAACAGACACUUCCACCUGCCCAGGGAUCCCAAAAUCUUGCUUAUCCCCCCCUCUGGGCUCUUGGGGACAAAGCAUGUCCCCUGCAGCCGUAGGGAAGGUCCCUGCUGGUGGCCGGGGACACGGGCAUCGCCUGCUCCCUUCCAGCUUCGUGGCUUCACCCUGAAGCUUGCGGAGCUUUGGAAUUCGGGAGAGCCGGGUCUGGCGGGCAGCGUGGGAUGCCGUGGGGCCGGGGACAGGGGACGCGGUGCUGCUGGGGGCAGGGGAAGGCGAUGCCGUACCUGCUCUAAAUAUAGGUGUCGGUAUCGUCUCCUUCUAAAUGCGGAAAGGUGUCUGACAAUGCGCCGGGCUCUGAGUAAGAGCCCGCGGAGGGGGGGAGGAGGCGGCUUUUUGUGUCUGUGCCUGGCGGGUGGGAGGGAGGCAGCGAUGCUCUCCAAGCGGGGGCACGUUUCAUGCGGAUUUCGAGCUUUUUGGGGCGCUUUUCUUUCCCCCAGCCGCGGGCAUGGGGCCGGCGAGCGGUGUUGGUGAUGCGGCGCAGGAUGGGGCACAGCCCCCGGGGCGCAGCGCCCCAACCUGAGCUUUUUGGCAUGUCAGCCCUGCGUUUAACUAACAUACAGAAACUGUGCGGAACAAAACACAGCCCCUUUUCACCCGGAAAGGGUCCGGAAACGCCCCGCUUCUGCCUCGGUGGGGGACAGGCGGGGGGGACACGGUGGCACCUCCACAGCGCGUCUCUGAAACCAAAAACAACCCCCAGGAGAGCCACGGGAAGGACUGUGCCGAGAGGGGAGGUCAGCCGGCCCCGGGGCACCACUGCAGCCUUGCUUUCAAGGCGCUGGACUCGGCUUUGCUGCUGUGCAACCUCUCCUCUGUGGAUUUUUGGACAUUUCCGCAGCCUCCCGCACACCAGGACUGUGCCACUCGGUGCCUGCUGGCCCACGGGAGGCAGGAUGGGCGGGGGGGGAUGUGUUUCAACCACAGGACAUGCAGGAGUUCACCAGUGGCAUGCAGCUGGUUCCCAGUUCGGUGCUGGGGCUGGAUUUGAAGCCCUGCAGAUCUCCUGGGGGGGCUGUGGUGGGUGUGUGAGGAGGUGUGACAGCCCUGGCACACGGAGCCCAGCUGUCCCCUCCAGGCUGGCUGUCCCAGCACCAUCCUGCUGUCCCCCCAGGAGGCCUUGGAUGGCAGAACCCCUCAGGAGUGGGGCUGGUGUCUCCCGGGGAGGGUGGGUGGGAGAUGCUCUGCCUUCAUCCCCCAGGCUCUGGGGUGGGAUGUUGUAACAUAACCUGCUCGUUUGGACCCGAACGGGGAACCGAGCUGACCACCAACAAUGUACAACUCCUCAAUGUUUUUUGUCAAAAGGAAAGAAAAAUAAAACCUUGUUGUAAAGAA